AUGGAAAGCUCCUCGUUGAUCUUCACUGGAAGUCGUUCGCGCUGGCGCACUUUCGUAACCACUUUAUUCGUCGUCGCCCUGGCGGUGGGCACCGUGGGAGUUACCGGAUUUGUCCUCUUCGUGGUCUUCGGAGGCUGGCACACCGGCAUGAAUACCGGGCAGCACACUACAGCCGAUCCGCUGGUUGGCAAAGGAGGGAACGUGGCUGACACCUCCGCAAGAAGCAAAGGCCCAUACACUCCGCGAUGGUAUUCCGUCCUAAUAUCUGACGUAAACAGCACGACAGUGGCGGGAGAUGACGUCGCCACCUUUAUUGACACACCGGUUAACGACACCUCGUCACCGCUUGACGGGGCAGAAAGCGACGUUUUACAGGCUGUUGCGCCGGCUGCUAACGAACCCAGGUUGACAUUAAGUGACCCGACGUACACGCCCCAAGGUAGCCGCCCGGACAGCGCCGAGAUAGGCGUAACGCCGUCUGCAGAACCCAGGCAGAACGAGGAAGAAGUGCCCGAGGUUUCCCCAACUAGGAAGAGUAAAGAGGUGACCGACAUAAGCGAAACGGCAACGGGAGACGCGUCGUCUCCCACAGGAAGCCAGGAUGCAGAGAAAUCAAGGCAGGACGAUCUUAUCUCGAAACUUAACGCUGAAUAUGUGUCACGUGAGCCCGGAAGCAGCGCUAAAGAUGACGAUGAUUCUCGCCUGCGCUCACAAGUCACUUUAAACGAGACCGCCGCAGAAGAUGACUCGGACGAGUCGGAAGAGGACGAGUUCGCCGGUGAGACCGAUGCUGUAGAGGCCGACUUCCGGGACCUGACGAGUGACUCGUCGUCGCGCACAGAAGGCGCCACUGAGGCAGAAUCACGUAGCCCGACGCGCGUCGUCUCGGAGCAAGGCACCAAUUACGAGCUCGCCGAGACUGACGACGAAAUUCAAGGACGCGACGAGCAUCCAUCUAGCGACGAAGCUCGAACCGAAGUUACGACUGCGAUAACUCAUGGACAGGGCGACGACCUUCAAGACGUAGACCUGGAGUACGAUACCGACGCCACAGCUCCGGCAACGGAUCUCCGCAGUACACCCGGCGACGAGUAUUCACCCAAGGAAGAUCAGAGAAAACCAGAAUCGCCGAUCAACGAUGCUGUUUCGGAGCGCGGCCCCGAUUUCGUAUCCCCCGAUUUCACUGGGGGCGGUCAAAGUGGCAAUGAGCCUGCUGUUGGCGACCAUGUGGACGUUGCAACGCCUGAAAAAGACGAGGGUGUGGAGGAAGAGUCGGGUCAUUCCAGCACAGACGGAACAUUUACGGAGCUUCCGCGGGUGGAAAGUGCCGCUGAACCAGAACCACCGUACCAAAACGAGUACGUAACGGAACCAGGAAUCGAUCAAGUGACUGCUGAGAUUGAAAGCGGAGCUCCUGCUCGCGAUGAGCCGAUCAUUCGUGAUGAGGCGAGUAGAGGGCCAGUACAAGUUCCCACGUACCAAGUAGACGACUUCACGCAGAGUGUGUCGCAGGAUGUCGCCACCUAUGGAGGGAACCAAAUGACUGAAUCCUACGUCACACCAAUGGAUGUGUCUAUAUACGCACAAGGAGGCGGUGAAGCGCAGCCGUACAAGCACGACGCAAUUUUGGACGAAGAAAGCAGUUCCACGACAACUGCGUUAGAGAUCACGUACGGUACCGUUGGAGACGACGAUAUUUCUUCUGUAAUCGACGAAGAAGACAGAGAACUACCAAAGAUUACAACGCAGAAUAAGAUGUUUAGUGACACGCCAGCAAUCUUCACCACCAAAGAUAAUCUUCAGGAGGCCGAAUUCCUGAACCUAGGAAGUGGAUCACCUUCGCAGACUCCGGGAACCAGUGAGGCAGAGACGCGCCGCCCUUACGAGACAUCGGAAGGAAACUGGGACGACGUACUAGUUGAUUCUGGGAGUACCGUUCUAGUUCGCGACGAAGAUGGCAUUGCGGAUGGUGCAGACGGAAAAAUAGCCCCAAUCACGAGAGAUAAAAGCAACGAUGGAUUGGAGGCAGAGGCUUCCACCACCAGGACAACUGUCCAAGAGGACGAUUUCGAUAAGAUUGCUAGGGAGGCGUAUUCUUUUACCGAAGACACAAGUGAAGCAGAAUUGCCCUGGAGUAAUCCCACGACAGAGAGAAAGACCGACGAAGCACCGGCAGCGUCUGUCGGGGUCGAGCAAGGUGACAAGACGACUUACUUAGACAGUGAGUUGGACUGGUCUGAAAUAGGCUCUGUCGUUCCUGAAAAACGCAGGGAGCGUCAAAUGUCCUUGCCAGAAAACCGAGCACGCACUCGCAGCCCCUACGUUGCGAACCGCACCAUCGCUCGGCCACUUAAACUCUCAUCCACGACGCCCGCGGUAGCCACAUCCAAGGUGGGAAACAUUAAUCCAGACCUCUCCACUAUGGAAUUUCUCGCAGAGCCUGCGUUGCACUGGGACGUUAAAUGUAUCAACUAA